AUGACUGGGCCAUCCUGGGCAGACCAGUCGAAGACUGUGACAGGACCAAGAAGACAGUGCAAGUUCAAGACUCGACUUGUUCCAGUGAGUCAACAGCUCAAAAAUUUAGAAAACACCAGUUUUGAAGCUGAAAACAUGCCCGGAGGCACAGCACAGAACAUCACUAUGCUGCAAGAGGGAUUUACAAGCUUUGAGAUAUUUUCAUUAUGCAUUUUUAUUCCCACCUUUGUAGUGGGUCUCAUUGGAAAUGGGCUUGUUAUAUUUCUGACUGGCUGCAGAAUGAAGACGACCGUCAACUCCAUUUGGUUUCUCAACUUGGCGAUUGCAGACUUCCUCUUCAUGUUGUCUUCAAUCACUUAUUCAGUUAUUCUCUCAGUUUUGGGACGACAGCAGAGUAAAUUAAUGAUUCACUAUUUCUUCAUGGUGUUACCACUGAAUCAGUUUUCUAGUAUUUUUUUUCUUGUAGUUAUCAGUCUGGACCGAUGCCUGUGUACAUGGAUGGUUGUUUGGGCUAAAAAUAAACGAACUUUACUUAAAGCCAGGAUCAUCUGCAUAAUUGUGUGGGUUUCAUCCAGCAGCUGCAGCAUUCGUUUCUAUAAAGACAAUAUGCCUCUGAUCAAAUUUGAAUUUACACUGGGCUUCCUCAUCCCCUUUCUGAUCAUUGCAUCUUCAUACAUAGCUAUUGGAGUACGAAUCAAACGGCUGAAGAGGGGAAAGCAGCUCAGGUCGUACCGGGUCAUUAUAACUGUAACUCUGGCUUUUUUCAUAUGUUGGUUUCCAUACUAUGUUUGUGUUUUUUAUUCAAUAACUCCAGAAGGAAAUAAAAGGAGUGCCAGUGAUCAAGACAUAUUUAAGAUUGUCAGUAUCUACCUGGUUUGUCUAAACAGCUGUCUGAACCCCAUUCUCUAUGUGUUCAUGUGUGAUGAGUAUAAGAAGAAGCUUAAACAGUCUCUGCUGCUGGUACUGGAGAUUACUUUUGCUGAAGAAUAUCUGGACUUUAAGGCAGACGCAAAGGAACGAUUAGGGACAUGA